AUGGCAUUACACUCGACUGCAUUGCCUCACCCACACAUCCCACCGGCCGGGGUCUGGUGUCCCGCCGUGACCUUCUUCCAUGCGGACACAGAUACCCUGGAUCUCUCAGCCCAGUCGCAAUAUUUUCACUAUCUCGCGCAGUCGGGCCUUGCAGGUUUGGUACUGAUGGGCACCAACUCCGAGGCCUUCCUCCUAACGCAUGAGGAACGAUCACAGCUGAUCUCGACAGCGCGAGCGGCUGUGGGCCCUGGCUUCCCUCUGAUGGCUGGUGUUGGUGCACACUCAACCAAACAGACCCUAGAGCUCGUUCAAGAUGCCGCCACUGCGGGCGCGAACUAUGUCUUGGUUCUCCCGCCCGCCUAUUUUGGCAAAGCCACCAACAUGAACGUGGUGAAACGCUUCUUUGCGGAGGUGGCAGCUAAGUCGCCCUUGCCGGUAGUCAUUUACAACUUCCCCGGUGUGUGCAAUGGGGUUGACUUGGACUCGGAAACAAUCACCACGAUUGUUCACGAGUCAGCUGCGAGGCGCCCGCAAGCUCAGUCUAAUGUGGUCGGCGUCAAGCUCACCUGUGGGUCUGUUGGGAAAAUCACCCGGUUAUCAGCUACUUUUGGGCCAGAGGAGUUUGCAAUCUUCGGCGGCCAGUCAGACUUUCUCAUCGGUGGGCUUGCCGCAGGUAGCGCAGGGUGCAUUGCAGCGUUUGCAAAUGUUUUCCCAAAGACUGCAUCCCGUAUUUACACGUUGUACCAGAAUGGACAGGUCGAUGAGGCUAUGAAGCUGCAGAAGAAAGCGGCAUUGGCUGAGAAUUCUAUCAAAAGCGGAAUCGCAUCUACCAAGCAUGCUGUUUCAUGCUACUCGGCUCGCUUGGCAGGGAUUUCAAGGGCGGCCGAAAAGCUGGCCCCUCGGCAUCCCUACGAAGGGGUUGUCGAAGCUUCCAAGAAAUCGAUCCGGGAGACCAUGGCCGAGGUGGCAGCGAUCGAAGAUGGCCUAUGA